UAUGAAUAUUUCAAUGCUGUUCUCAUUAAUGAACGAGAUGAAGAUGGAAACUUCUUAGAACUGGGAAAGGAAUUCAUCCUUGAACCAAAUGACCAUUUCAACAAUUUGCCAGUGAAUGUCACUUUGAGUGAUGUCCAAGUACCAACAAAUAUGUACAAUAAAGAUCCUGCAAUUGUGAAUGGAGUUUACUGGUCUGAAUCAUUAAACAAAGUGUUUGUUGACAACUUUGGCCACGACCCUUCCCUUAUAUGGCAAUACUUUGGAAGUGCAAAGGGAUUUUUCAGGCAGUAUCCAGGAAUUAAAUGGGAGCCAGAUGAAAAUGGAGUCAUUGCGUUUGACUGCAGAAAUAGAAAAUGGUAUAUUCAGGCAGCCACUUCUCCUAAAGAUGUUGUCAUUUUAGUUGAUGUUAGCGGCAGUAUGAAAGGACUUCGCUUGACUAUUGCAAAACAAACAGUAUCUUCCAUUUUGGAUACCCUUGGAGAUGAUGACUUUUUUAAUAUAAUUGCUUAUAAUGAAGAGCUCCACUAUGUAGAACCUUGCUUAAAUGGAACUUUAGUACAAGCAGAUAGAGGUAACAAAGAGCACUUCAGGGAACACCUUGACAAACUUUUUGCCAAAGGAAUCGGAAUGCUGGACAUUGCCUUAGUUGAAGCUUUCAAUAUGCUCAGUGAUUUCAAUCACACAGGACAAGGAAGUAUCUGCAGUCAAGCCAUAAUGCUGAUUACUGAUGGUGCAGUGGAUACAUAUGAUGCUAUAUUUGAAAAAUAUAAUUGGCCGGAUAGAAAGGUUCGCAUUUUCACCUACCUGAUAGGAAGAGAAGCUGCCUUUGCAGAUAAUCUUAAAUGGAUGGCUUGUGCCAACAAAGGGUUUUUCACUCAGAUCUCAACCCUAGCUGAUGUGCAAGAAAAUGUUAUGGAAUAUCUCCACGUGCUCAGUCGACCUAAAGUAAUUGAUCAAGAACAUGAUGUAGUGUGGACUGAAGCCUAUGUCGACAGUACUCUUCCUCAGGCUCAAAAGCUUGCUGACGAUCAGGGAUUGGUUUUGAUGACCACUGUUGCCAUGCCAGUAUUUAGUAAGCAAAAUGAGACUAGAUCAAAAGGCAUUCUUCUGGGAGUUGUGGGCACAGAUGUUCCAGUGAAAGAACUUCUAAAGGCAAUUCCAAAAUAUAAGCUAGGCAUUCAUGGAUAUGCUUUUGCAAUUACAAAUAAUGGAUAUAUUCUGACUCAUCCUGAACUCAGGCCUCUGUAUGAAGAAGGGAAAAAGCGAAGAAAGCCCAAUUACAGCAGUGUUGACCUCUCUGAGGUUGAAUGGGAAGACAGAGAUGAUGUG